AUGCCCGCCAUGGCGGCUACCAGCCGGAAUCGCCAGCCCCAGCGACAAAAAGACAUUGAGCAACUCACCCAAGCAGAGAAGGACUCACUCCUUAACGAACUAUGGAAACAAGACCGCCCACUAUGCCACGAGUGCCUCAAGGGAUACCAAGAACACCCAGAGCGGCUGUGCGUCUUCCAGCCGGGACACGCGAGAUGCGACAGCUGCGCGGAAAAGGGCAUCUACUGCCUCCGGAUGCGCGUCAACGAGACGCGGCCGCUCUUCCGCACGGCGCAGCGCUUCGCUGCCGAGAUGGUGCAGCUGCGGCUCGCCGGCAGCCUCAUACCCGACCGCAUGCGCAACGCCUACCGCACCGUCGUCAAGGGCGCCCUGAGCUACGCCGAGGCCGUCAAGGAGGUCAAGGACCUCAGGGAGGAUCUGGAAAAGGCCACCGCCGCCACCGUCACCCACCUCCGCCAGGCCUCCGAGUGCGAGUCCCGCAGCGAGGCCAUGAGCUGGGCCGCAAAGUGCGGCUGGACCCUCGUGACGCUGGAGAAGGAGCGCCGGGACAAGGGUCUCCCGCCGCCCCAGGGCGGGGCAGAGGUCGUCGUCAUGGAUAUGAUCAAGGACGCCAGGGAGCUGCGCAUCAAACGGAGCGAGUUGGACCACCGCUGCGGCAAGCUCGCCGAGGAGGUUGCGAAGCUGCGGCUGGAGAACGAGAACCUGCAGGCGGCGCAGCUGGCCGCGUCCGCAACCCGUGACAAGCUGAUCGAGGAGCUGCGGAACAGCAAGGCGACUAUACUGGCGGCCGAAGCCGCCAUCGAGCGCGCCUCGCUGGAGCGCAUGUCAAAGAAGGAGUUGGGUCGGAGCCUGGGGCCGUCGGAGCUCCAGAUGGCGGGCGGGUUGCCGGUGCGCUCCGACACCACGCCACCGAAUCUUUUGCGACGUCUCCCCGAGCGGGUGAAGCAAAGAAUAUUCCAGAACAUCCUCUCCAGCGUGGGUUCGGUCGAUGCCACGUUUCGGGAGCGCCCGCAGCUCACACACCAGACCAACGGGAUCGUCAAUGAUGAGACGGACAAGGCUACGAUAACAACGCUCUUCCACCUCGGCAGGAGCAUUGACCUCGACAACGACGCGGCCUUGGUCAUGUACAUCUCGGCCAACUGCUGCCGGACCCACGUCCCAGGCCUGGACUAUCGCUGGACCGCUGCGGACCAUGCCGAGAUUUUGGCCUUGUGUCUCGUGGCCAAGGAAUGGAUGGUUCGCAUCAUCAAAGCCCAGGUUGGCGCCUACAUCCGCCUCAUCUCAGUUCCUGUUGUAAGUGACUCGUACGCGGCUGCGUGUACACCUGUUCGACUCAACCAGACGAGGGAAUAUUCUCGCCACAUUCAGGCCUUGCUCAAGUUCGAGGACCAGUCUUCGCCUGAGCGUAAGCGGCUUCGCACGGAAUAA